CGGGGCUAGUAAACGUGGCUGGACCACAUGGCUAACGGGUGCUGUUGAUUCUCGUGUAAUUGGAAUUAUUCCUAUUGUUAUGGAUGAAUUAAAUUUUUUAGCCAAUAUUAAACAUCAUUAUCAAGCCUAUGGUGGUUGGUCUUUUGCUAUUGAAGCCUAUCGUAGCCAAAAUAUCACUGUAGACUUUGCUGAUCCAGAGACUCAGGUUAUAUUCGAUAUUGAAGAUUCCUUUAUUUACCGUGAUCGUAUGUGUGGUAUUCCUAAAUUAAUGCUUAACACAAGUGGAGAUGAGUUUUUCUUACCCGAUGAUUCCUUAUGGUGGUAUGAACAAAUGCCAGGUGAGAUGCAUCAAAGAAUGUUUCCCAAUUGUGAACAUUCACUAGAAGCUUGUAUAUUAGAUGUUGCCGGUACAAUAGAAGCUUUUGCUGUUGGAGUCUUUAGUAACGAUGUUAGACCUAACUAUGUAUGGACUAUUGAAUCUACUACUGGUACCAUACAAGCUAAACAAGUCCAAGUAGCGGGUGCACCACAAACUAGCGAAGUCAAUUUAUGGACGGCUACUACAUUAACAGGUACUAGGCGUGAUUUUAGAUUGGUUGCAUUAAAUGCUACCGGUCAACCAGUGUUACAACCUGUGUUUUGGCACUCGACUACUAUCCAACCUAAUGCUGAUGGUAGCUGGACUGCUGAAUGUCUCCAACCAAUAAUUGGCUGGCGAGCUUGCUAUUUAGCAUUUGCUUCACUAGCUCGUUCAACAUUUACAUAUACUUUUACUACGGAUGUUAGUAUUGUACCGCAGACUCUUCCCUUCCCUAUGUGCACAGGACAAGCUUGUUAUGGAAAAUUAGUGUAA